GCGGCAAUCUUUGUGACGUUUACGGAUGUAAAUGGAGCAGAGCCGUUCUGCUGCUGUUACACAAGUCUUACAGGGAAGGAAGCAAAGAUGAGGGUUUCCACCAGUCAGCUGCAGCAGCUCACCAUCUUCACCACCGUGCUGACUGGAGCUGGGAUUGGCACCAUGUACUAUCUGAUGCAGAAGAAAUUUGUUGAGUCAGACUAUCACAGACUGGCUCUGCAGAAGUUGGAAGCAUGUUCAGUUGCCAUGGAAAGCCUGGGGGCCCCGCCAUUAAAAGUCCACAACAUCCAUCUGACUGACAGAAACAACCGCAUAGAUCAACGCACUGCACAGAUAAAGAUCCCUGUGACCGGGUCACUAACUGGAGGUUAUCUCUAUACUUCUUCAGUCAGAGACACUGAUACCAACAGGUGGAGUCUGAAGCAGGCAGUUCUGAAGCUCAAGGAAGGACAGAUCAUCGACCUGCUGAAUCCACCUCCACCAGCUGCAGCACAAACCCAAGAUACAGUGGAGGGGCUGGACACAGGCCACUGGCACUGACCAGCUCCAUGUAUAAUUGAGAACAAUCAAAGUGGAAGCCAUCCUGCUCUUACCGCUGAUGACUAGAGAUCUGAUCAACUGUAAUAAUAUAGAGGUAUAUUUACCAAAUGGCAAAUCCUCAACUCCAGUGUCAUGUUGGAGAGACAGUUACUCAGCUCUGUGAUUGUUACUGAGCUGCUAACAGACUGCCCCGGAUUGUUGUGUUGUCUCCAGGUUUGGUUUUGAUAAAUAAUGUGGUGCAGCCAUGUUUUUGCACUAACUGUUGUGUUAAUGCUUCUCUUUUCUUUUAUAAUGAAUUUCUUUCGAAGUAUGAUGUGCCACAGGUCCAGACCUGCAAGAGCAACAGUGUUGAACAUGUAUCAAGGAGUAUUUUGCCUUCUAAUAUAUAAAAUACCCUCUCGUCAUCCAUCAAUUCAUUUUUCAAACAAAUUGCCUUGCAUAUAGCAUGACAAAGUCCUGCAGUUUUGCUGCCUUAAUUUACCACAGCUUCCUGCUUCCUUUGCAGAUGUAUUUAAAGGAAAUGUCGUCACCUCACCCACAUAAAAAACAUGAUCCUUUUUUGUUCCACACAACAAAAAUCCACAGAAUAUAACAUCUGACUCUGACUAUCCUAUGAGCUCAUUUUUUUUAAAUAAAAGCAGGUUUGUCUUAGUGAGGGAAGGUACAGGAAAAGCAUGCUCCGAGUGUUUUGUGUUUGGUUUCAUGAAGGAAAUAUAUUGCACAAGACAGUCAAAGCAAAACAAUAGUGAUUUAAACACAGGACUUUACAGGACGUAAUGGCCCAAACACACCGAACCAACAUGGAAGAACCAGCAAUGAUAAAGGCCAAGUGCAGCGUUGCCUCACGUCACCUGUGUCUCAGCCAAAAAUUUGCACUUGAACAGACUGCAAAGAUCCCAGCACAUGGCCAACUGGCAUCUUUUGUACACCUGUGUGAGAGGAAAUAAUUCUCCACAUGUAUUUCUCACUAAAAAACACAAACCAGAAGACAAACAGGACAGAUUCAAGGUGCCACUUAGCCAGUUAGCACAUUGAUAACACAAUGCUGUGUUAAAAGAACAAAUGAUAUUUACCAUGCGCUCACCAAAAGGUUUUACCGUCUCCACCGCUGAUUUAACAUGCUGAAUUGGCCAAAUUAAAAAAAAAUUAAACGGGCUAUCCAGUGCCAUGGGCGCGGGACACCCAACAAAAACUUUGGCAACAGAUGCUCACUGAUGGCCCGACAUUGACCAGAUUGGUGUGUUAGGGCCCUUAAAACCAGUGUUGGCCAAGGGCAUAAAGUGAUGAGCCAGAGGCCCCUGUCCCUACUUCCCAACCCCUUACCUCUGGUGCCUUUGCACGGACCACACCCAACCAAUCUUUGAAUCCUGCCUUCAGUGUGAUCUCAACUACACACCUGUUAAGUCUUUAGAUCCAGGGAUGUAAAGCAGGGAGCCUGUGGCUCCUCCCCUGCUUCCCGCCACAGUAAGUGUCUGCAUUUCAACAUGAUGACACACACAGUCACGAGGUGAAAAAAAAAAAGGCCAUUGUGACACUGUUGCUGCUGGUAAUUACGUAAAUGCAAACUAGCAAUAGACGAGCUGUACAAAAGCAUCUUCUCUGAAAACACUAUUGUUCGAGUAUUUAAAUAAAGUAUGGGUUAAAGCCUUUUUACAACUUGAUGGCUACAUUAGAGAACAGCAGCUAUAGUUAUGUGUGGGGUGCUGAAAUCAAAUCAUUUCACAUCCUCUGUUUGUUUAGCUUUCAUCUCAAGCUAAUGUGGCGGCCUCCUCAGUAACUUGUUUUAGAAUCCAAGAGGCUUUCUCAGCUCUGAACUGAAGAAGCCACUUGGGUGAGAGGUGAAAACAUCUUCAAGAAACUCAAGCAAGUCUAGUUGCCUAUGACGUAGCACUUAGGGUGUCAAAAGUUCUAUUUCUGCUUAUUGUUACACAAUGAAUAGGCUGACUUAGCAGAAACACAUUUCCCUUCACUUCUCAGUGUGAGCAGGGGAGCGUCUGCUGGGAACUGUGUUAUCUAUGUGAAGAAAAAGUUUGAUGAAUGCAUUUGACAUUUUGAUCGCUACACCUUAGCAAUUUGUAGCCAUACAGCUGAACAAUAAAAAAACCUCAACCACCCACACAAAAUAACAGGUUUCGUGGUUUAGUUUCUUCUUAGAACUGAAGCCACCAGAGAGGAUGUGUGUAUGCAGAUCAGCUGUUGCUGCUUGCCAACGGAAGUGGCUUCUAGUUUUAGUCUCAGGAUGAAAAUGUAUCAAUCAGAUCAAAUCAAGUUUUAUGCUGAUAGGUUUUCAGUGGGACCCACAGGUGGUCAUUUGACUUGGUUCCCAAUUAAAUUUCUGUUUUUUUUUAAUAAAGUGUAGUGCCAAACUUUUGUUUGAUGGUAUAUGGGUAUGUUGUAAAUUUAUGUGAAAAUUAAACAUGAAACCCCAAAUCUUAAAAUUUUCCAAUUAACAAAUACAAUUUACAGAACCACAGACUGUAUCUUUGUAUACAGUGUGUACAAUACAUUUUACUAUAAUGUCAAUUUUGUGACUGCAUGCAAACUGUACAUUUCCUAUGAAAACGAAAGUGUAUUUUGAAAACAGACAAUGCAUGUAACAGGCUGAAGUUGUGUCCCAGAACGUCAACAACCAAGGCACCCAGGGUACCUUGCACAUAAUAUCUUGAUGUAGAAAAGUCCAUGACCAAAUGUCAAUAUGUGAAGAGGUUGGCAUGAGAAUGUGUUGAUAUUCUCCUUCUUUUUAACAAGAGUUUUUAUGUUUUCCUUCCAUCUAUUGAGAAUAUGAACAAAACAGGACCUUGUCGUCUUCAAUGAGAUUCAUGAUAUAUACAGAAAUGGUGGCUGCCCAUAAUAAUAUUUUUUCAACACCCCUGUCCCCUGAACAGCAGGCUAAAGCAUCAUUUAGUCAUUAUUGUCAUGAGUCAUUCCAGUACUGAUCAGCAGCACAAUCACAUUAUCACACUAUAGCAUUAUCAGGGGGGAAAAAACAUGGCACAUCCCCUGGACAGUAAAGCAUUGUCAGGUCAUCGUGGACAUGAGUGAAUACAGUGGGCCUAUUUGCUGUCACAGCAGACGUUGCUACAUAAGAUUACAGGAAUGUCUGUAGUAAUACACAUGAAUAUGGGUACAUUUUAUGAAUCUAAAUACACUCAAAAACUUAUGGGGAACACUUAAUCUUCACAACAUAACACCAAGUCAUUUAAACUUAAGGGAUGUUGGGAUUCAUGGGACCACAGAUGAUUUGUCAUUUGUUUAAAUCAAAACUGGACAUGUGAAGGCUUUUCUUCUCCGUGUAACCAGGUAAAAUAAAUUCCAUACAGUGUUAUGAACUAAUGUUAAAAUGAAGGUGAAUGAAUAUGUGUACCUUGGUUGAGAAACAAACACUUUACAUAGUAAUAAAUAAAGUUAAAAAUUACAU